AUGGCAAACUCGCCGGAUUCAAAAGCGCUUGACUUCAUGAUCAACCAUGUCUUUCUCCCCCCUCAACUGCCGCAAGAGGACGACUCAGAAGCUGGAUACCUGAAUACCACCAUUCGAGCCUUUCGCGAUUCCGUUGAAUGCUUCCUGUCGGCAGAGCCUAGUUCCGCUCCCUCUGUCCGGCCUGCGGUUGACAUGCUCGACCGGCUCCUGAGCACCGAGACUCGUGGCAUGCACCAUGUGAUUUCCGACUUGAAGAACGGUGGCAUCGCCCUUUUCCACCUCCGCGCUCAGAACGCCGGCCUACUCGUCACUGCCCGACAAGAUGACGUUCUCUUCGAAGCCUUUGAGCUCCUCGCCCCAAACGACAAGGUCAUGUCCUGCCUGGGCGCCCUCCUCCGCGAGUUCCCCGACCGCGCCGCUGUCAUCACCUACGCCCGGCUCCAAGACCCCGACUUCCUCAGCGAACUCGCCAACUUCAUCCAGACGCUCACCGCCAGCAACGUUCCCGUGGCCCGCCCCAAAGUCAAAAAAGCAAAAACCUUCCAGCCCGAGGAGCGAGAUACCGUCUCGCCGCUGCUCAUGAACGGCAUGCUGAUCGACCUGCUCUCUGGCCUCGGUGAGAGCGUCGCCCCCCUGAGCCGCGUCACCAAACGCAGCCGCGAGCAUGUCGGUUGGAGCAGCGCCCUCCUGCCGUUUCAUCGCUGCGCGACAUGGUUGCUUCUCCGCGUUGCGCUGCGUCUUGUUCUCGACAGAGCGGCGGCUGCUGGCGUAGGUGGAGAGACGUCGUAG